AUGAGGAAAAGUGUCGAACUAGCAACUGGUUUUAGUAUUACCGAUAUGUUUCCUUCCUUCAAAUUGCUUCCUAUGAUCGGUGGGAUGAGAGCCAAACUUGAGAGCAUGCACCAUGACUUUGAUGUGAUGCUUGAAAGCAUUAUUGAAGAACAUAAAGCUAGCAAUGCAAAUCCGAAGAACAGUGAUGAUGUAACAGAUGAUCUAGUUGAUGUUCUUUUGCAUCUUCAGGAUCAUGGAUACCUUGAAUUUCCCUUAACAACUGACCACAUCAAAGCUGUUAUCCUGGGCAUGAUUGCAGAUGGAACCGAGAUAUCUUCAACUACAGCAGAAUGGGCAAUGUCAGAAAUGAUGAAAAAUCCUAGAGUCCUGGAGAAAGCACAAGCUGAGGUGAGGCGAAUCUAUGAUGAGGUGAGGCGAAUCUAUCUAAAGGUUCCUAUCUAA